AUGGCGACUAGGGGACGCUCAGGACUCGCAUCCUUCCUCAAGAAUGCCUGGGGCAAGGAGCCGGUGUUGGUCGCGUCCUUCACCAUCGGUGGCCUCGCUAUAAUUCUGCCCGCAUUCAGCCCCUACACCAAGUAUGCCAGCAUGAUCAACAAGGCCACCCCCUACAGCUACCCAGUGCCCCUCCGAGAUGACGGGAACAUGCCUGAUGUGCCCAGCCACCCCCAGGACCCCCAGGGCCCCAGCUUGGAGUGGCUGAAGAAACUGUGAGCACCUCCACAAUGGCUCCCCUGCAGCCCCCAAUAAAAACCUGAAAACCA